AUGACCAAAGAGGAACAGGACUACUGCUACGAUCUAUAUGAAAGAAUUGUCGCCUGGAGAGCAAGUCUGCCUCCAUCUAUCUUACCUGAACAGAAUACUACCCCUCAUAUUAUCUGCUUACACUUUUAUCACCAGGCAACUCUGAUCUCCCUGAGUACCCUGUUUACAACAAAAGUCAACCCAACCGCCGACCUGACCGAUCACCCAAUCGAUUUCGACCACGUCAAAUUCGAAGCAAUGGAAACCCUCGGCUCCCUCAUUCUAGUGUUCAAACACCGUCACGGCUGGAAGUCCAUUCCAAUCGUGAUGCUACACUACUUCUGCUUAGGAGGUGUGCACGCGACCACCCAACUCGACGCGCACAAUCCAAAAUGGGCCCUCGUCCUCGAAGGCUGUGUUGUUGGCCUUUGGCACAUGAGUCUCGGCUGGGGUCGACUCUGCAAAGCUUUUCUUCGGACCAUUGAGUUGGUCUUGAAAUCCAGUGAUCCGGAACCCUCCCUUGUUCCUACCAAAGUGACUGCUAUUUUCAAGCAUUUGAAUAGCGAUAUGUGGUCUGCGACCGAUGUGGCUUCUCUUUCAGCGGAUUAUAUUGUUCAACGUGUUCCUAGCAAGGGUAAUGCCCAGACAGCCGGGAAAGGUAGCGAUCAAACCUUGGAGAAUCUGAUACGGGCCAUGGGGAAUUUCUAG